AAACGAAGAUACUUGGGUGGGAGGAGUGAAUCGUCACGCUGUGUCCUAACCCUCUUUGUAAAACCUCUCCUACGUCAUUACGUCGUGUUUGAACGUGACGGCGCGGCACCUAGCAGUAGCUCAACCCACCUAAAGUUUUCAUUUAGCUCUCUGGCUGUGGGAGCCAAACAACAAAAUAACUAUUUAUACGCAGUGAUUGAAUGGCAUCCGAUGUCACAGUAAGUUUUGGGUGCAAACUGAUCAAAUACAGCUUCCAUCGCGAUAUCUCAUGACUGCGAUGACCUGCAGAUUAACUGGCCUGUUUAGCAUUGGUGAGGACUUUGAUGAUGAGGACCUGCUCGGGACAGACUGGGAUGUCCGCUCAGCGUCUGGACCAGCCGAUGUAGCAUCUGCUGUGUCAUCCUGCACUCUGCGGGCUUCCUCUGUUGCUCACAGACAGCCGGAGGAGAAAAAGUGCCUCAGGCAAACUGGAGAGAGAUCAGCCGUCCUGUGUAAUGGCACAGCAUCAAGGAGCAGCACGCACACUGCUGCUGGACAAACUGUUGCUCUGGGUUGGAGCUCCGCUCAGCCCCGCCCUCCCACGCCGAACACCUCUCAGCCUCUUUUGGCCUCAGAACAGAGUGGCGGCAACCCCGAGGGGCCGCAGAAGCCCAGCGUGGCUCAGGAUGAUUUUGAUGAUUGGGAUGUUGAUCUGGCAGAUCUGGAUGAGUUUGACGGCCACACGGGGCAGCCUCGUGCUCCAACCCCACCUGCGCCCGCGGUCAGUCCUGCUUUUUUUGCCAAAACGCUGCGCCCCCCGACCUGUGGGGCGAGUCAGACACAACCUAAUCGGACCCUGAGAGACUUAAGCACUGCACGCCAGGCUUCUGGCUCAUCUACUCGUGACCUACCUCCUCGGAGCUCCCCCACUCCUGUUCUGCGAUCCCUGAAUCCCCGUGCUCUUUGCGUGCCAGCCCCUCCACAGAGUCCUGGUGUUUUUCCUGGCCUUACUGCGCCUUCUCCUGGCCCCAGCCUCAUUACCAGGACACUAAACAGACCUCAGAGACCAUGGGCAUCUCCCGUGCCCUCCCCUCAGACACGCGUCCUCUUUGAGACGGUCUCCCCAGCGUCCUCUUCCUCCCCCUGUGUGAGCUCUCUGAGCCCUUAUCCCCUUCACACACCGGUCCUCACCAACCACCUGGUCCAGUUGGUCUCAGCCUCCAAUAAGCAUCCUAAGAAGCGGCCUCGCUCUGAGCCUCACCAGCCCAGGACCCGGCGCUUCCCCGGCCCCGCUGGAUUCUUGCCACAGCAGCCGCAGGGUCAGAGCCUGGACCACAUCGUGGUUUCUGUUCCUCAGACUCCUGCUCACGGUGUUGUGGCCCGGUCGCCAAGCCAGGGCUCCAGCUCGCAGACUGAAGAGGAGGAGUUCAGCGGCGGUGCCUGGGCAGCGAUGAAGGCUGAGAUGGGAUUGGAUGAGAGGAACCCCUCGUGCUUCCUGCACUCCUACAGCGUGGUGAUGGUGCUCCGAAAGGCUGCACUGAAACAGCUGGCGAGAAACAAAGUGCCCAACAUGGCCGUGCUCCUGAAGAGCAUCAUCCCCACACAUGCUGACGCCAAGGUUGUGUUUAAAGACCCAACAGGGGAGAUUCAGGGAACAGUGCAUCGGCGUCUCCUGGAGGACCGAGUGGAGGAGCUGAAGGUGGGAGCUGUACUCCUUCUCAAACAAGUGGGUGUGUUUUCUCCCUCCCAUCGUAACCAUUACCUGAACGUGACGCCCAACAACCUGCUGAGGAUCUACGCCCCCGAUGGAGUCAGCCUGUCCUCCGCUCAGCUCCCCCCACUCGUCCUGGAGCCGAUGAUGCAGCCACCUGCUCGGCCUUCCUCCGCCCUCCUCCGGGAGCCCGUGUCCCGGAUGCAGCUGAUGUUUGACGAGGAGGAUGACGAAGGACUAGAGGAGGGGAAAUGCUCAGAAGCAGGCGAAGACCCUAAAACCCCAGGAGACGCUGGAGGCGGGUCCAGCAGAGGCUCCAGAGACCCUUCUGGGAACACAGCAGCACAGGACUCAGGCUGGGAUGCAGAUGAUGACCUGGACGAGCUCCUGGGAGAGUUACCCGAGGACACCUACAGCCUUUGACGUUACGUCAGCAAACCUUCUGUACACACCGUCUCCGCUGACCGGAGUUAUUUGACGACUGAACGACAGUAAACGCGUCAUCUUUUGUUUUCGUCGACAUCACCUUUUGAAAUCCCAAUUUCGUGACACUGAAGAACCUGUGCGUGUAUAUAUGUUGUAAAGACUUCCUUUUUUUCUUCAAUUUGUCAACUGUGUUUGAUAUCCAGUUCAUAAAUCCCACUGAGGAGUUAAUUUCGCUGUUACUGUGUCAUUUGUAUGCAUCCCUGAAGCAUCACUCAAUGCCAACACAUGAUCAUUUAUUAAUUACAAAAGCUCCAAAAGUCCUGCUUCGUGUCUUACAUUCUCAAAGAAUAUAAUCAGUCUAAGAUUGUCUACAUUUGUAUUAGGGAUGCAACCCCUUCACUUUAUUUUCAUUGUGAGCCGUUGUUGCACUUACUUCAGAAACCUUGAAAUAAACAACUAAUCUACA